AUGCUGGGAAGCACCGCUGCGGCAAGGGCAAGGGAGGCAAGGGUGGUGGGGGUGGCGGUGGGGAAGGUGGUGGUUGAGGUGGUGGAGGCAGUGGAGGUGGCGGAGGUGGUGGUGGCGGUGGGAGUGGUGGUAUGGGUGGGGGCGGUGGCGGCAGUGGCGGCAGCGGCGGUGGGAGUGGUGGCUGCAGUGGGAGUGGUGGCAGCGGUGGUGGCGGCAAAGGGGGUAGUGGCGGUGGCGGCGGCAGAGGCAGUGUUGGUGGUCGGGCUGGACUCGGACGUUGGAGCUGCUGCUGGAGCUGAGGACCCGAGCGGUGGCGCUGCUGCUGCUGCUGAGGACCCGGGCGUUGGAGCUGCUACUGGUGCUGAGGACCCGGGCGUUGGAGCUGCUACUGGUGCUGAGGACCCGAGCGGUGGCGCUGCUGCUGGUGCUGAGGACCCGAGUGGUGGAGCUGCUGCUGGUGCUGCGGACCCGGACGGUGGAGCUGCUGCUGGUGCUGUGGACCCGGACGCUGGAGCUACUGCUGGUACUGAGGACCCGGCCGCUGGAGUCUCUUCUGCUUCUGGAGACGCUGCGCGGCCGCGGCCGUACUUCUCACAGUUACCGCCUACCUCGUCUCUCCCUGCUCCCUCUCCUUACACUGGUCCCACAGGAGGUCUUACAGAGCGUCGUGAGCCUGAGUCUCAUCCUGCGUCGCCUGUUCGUCCUGCUCGCGCUGGUAGUCGUGUCCGUCGUGAGCGUCCUCCUCCUGUCCCUGGCACUCACUACAUGACUCUGCGUCCCUCCACUGCUCCUCAGCGUGUCCCGCUACCGUCUCCUCCUGCGUCCUCUUUGCCUGACGUUCCGGACCCUGAGUCUGACCGGUAUCGUGCUGAGCACCCUACUGUCACGCGUCUCCUCGCUACUGUUGUCACUGACCCUACCUUUGAGUCCUCGACUGCGUCUGCUCUGGUCGCUGAGUUGGUUGACUUUGCUGCUGCCUGUUGUCUAGACUACGCUGCUAGCCUUGUUGCUGAUCCUGAAUCUGAGUCUGUCUGUCCUCCGUCCGUCGGGGGUGAGUGUGCUCUUGGCACGGACGUCCUUGAGUUCCAGUGUCUUGCUGCUGCUUUGCCCCGUCUCGUGUCCUUGCUAGUGUUGGUGUAA